UUUAUGUCUCACUAAUAUUCCUCAAAGUUGCACAUAAAAAAAACCGGAGGUAGUACAUUUAUUUUGAAUCGAACCUGAGGAAUACGAGAGGAAGAGAAGUGAUCUUCUCCUCCGCCCUCAGGGCCUUCCGCUCUCCGCUCUCGUAAAAGAACAAAAAUUUACUCGUGAUAUGUGAAGACCAAUGAAAACCCAGGAAAAUGACGAAAGCUGUUAUAAAUCCUCCACGUGGUAAAAUCUGACAACCUCCACCUUCAAUCCAGAGUAUCUCAACCGUUAGAUUAUCUUCUACAUCAAAUAUUUUGAAAAAAAAAAAAAAAAAUAGCGGGAGAAUAUAACUCAUUCCUCUGUUCAAAAAAUUUCAAAUUCAUCUCCUUUUUACUUCUUUUCUUUUUUUUUUUUUUUAUAAAAACCCUUCAAAUUCAAGAUUCAACCUUUUACAAAUUUAAAACCAGAAUUCGCAGUUUUUCUUCCUCAAAUUUAAAAUGAUCGUUAAUACCCACUUCAAAUUUCUUCUUUAACUUUCAAGAAUUUCGUUUUUUUAGUCAAAUUUAUGGAAAAAGAUAUGGAUUUUCAUGGGUUGAAGAGGAAAGAACUUCAAUCAUUGUGCAAGAAACAUGGAAUUCCAGCAAAUUUGAAGAAUGUUGAAAUGGCUGACCGUCUAUCUGCACUUCUUAAGGAGGAAAAACCCACAAAAGGGGGGAGGUCUUGCUUAAAGAAUUUGAGUGUUAUUGACGAAGGUGAUGAGGAAUUGGCUGAUAGUAAAGAACCAAAGAGGGUAAAAUUUAGUCCUCAGAAUGAAACAUUUGUUUUUGAGAAAACUGAUCCUAGAGAAUUGAGGUUAUUGGCUAGGAAGAGGAGGGUUUUUCAAAAACCCGAAAUCGAAUUGGGAAAUGUUGAUGAUGUGGAGAAACCUGUUGGAAGGAAUUUGAGGAGAAGGUCUGUUGUGGGUAAGUCUGAUGCAGAUUUAGAACCUGAAGUUGUGGAGAAACCUGUUGGAAGGGUUUUGAGGAGGAGGUCUGUUGUGUUGAAGCCUGACUCGGUGUUAGACGCCGGAGUUGUUGAUGAUAAUCUGGAGAAACCGGUUGGAAGGAUUUCGAGGAGAAAGUCUGUUGUGGUGAAACCUGAUGUGCUUUUAGACACUGAAAGUGUUGAUGAUAAUGUUGGGAAACCUGUUGCAAGGGUUUCGAGGAGAAAGUCUGUUGUGGUGAAACCUGAUGUGGUUUUAGACACUGAAACUGUUGAUGAUAAUGUUGGGAAACCUGUUGCAAGGGUUUCGAGGAGAAAGUCUGUUGUGGUGAAACCUGAUGUGGUUUUAGACACUGGAACUGUUGCUGAUAAUGUGGAGAAACCGGUUGGAAGGGUUUCAAGGAUAAAGUCUGUUAUGGUGAAACCUGAUGUGGUUUUAGACACUAGAACUGUUGAUGAUAAUGUUGGGAAACCUGUUGAAAGGAUUUCAAGGAGAAAGUCUGUUGCAGUGAAGCCUGCUGCAGUAGUUGAUGAUGGGAACAAUUUGGUUGAGAGAGGUCAGACAAGAAGGUCAGUGAGACAAGUGCAGAAGGUUGAGACUAAAGGUCGGAAAACAGCUUUUAAUGAGCAGAAGAAUGCUGAAGUAUUGGAUCAAGCUGUUGCGGAGAAUGUGCAACAAAAGUCUCCUGAGAUGGUGGCAGAUGUCAAGAAAGGCAAGAGGGUAAGGACGCCAGCUGCAACUUUAAAGCCAAAGGGUGUAGUUGAGGAUACAAUCAAUGAAAAUGUUGAGAAUGUUAAGAAUUCAGAAAUUAGAGGUUUGAAGCGGAAAGGUUUGGGAAGAAAGAAUGAUAAUGUUGAUAAGGAUGUUGGUUCUAAAGAAAUAAAAGUAGUGAGGAGAUCAAGUAGUCAAGCGGGAAUGUCCAUGGUUGAUGCUUCAGCUAGUUGCCUAAUGGUAGAAGAUGAAAAGGUGAAUGAAAUGGAAGCUCAGUAUACAAAUGAAUCUGAAGCGACAGGCUGCAGCGCGCCUGCUACUGAUGGGACUAAAUAUGUCCAACACGAGGAGACUCUACCAGGGAAUUUAGCUCCUGUACAAAGCCUUUCAGAAAAUAGGAAGCACAAAAUAGAUGAGCUACGUCAUGCAACUGGAAACACCGCUUCUGCAGAGAAGAAAGUGGAAAAUUCCGAGGAAACUACUGGAUUUUCUCCCAAUAGAUUGGAAAAGCUGUAUGUAAAAAAUAAUUUAAUGCAGUUAAAGGACUGCCCAGAACACGCAGAUAUCAUAGACAAGGUCCAUGAAGAUGUAGUAGCAAACAACGAAAGUUCAAUGUUGCAAAACAGUGGCAAAGGUGGAGUUGAAAGUCCAAAGUUAGAAGAAACAUACAUCAUAGACAAGGCCCUUGAAAAUGCAGUAGCAGCUGAUCAGAUUCCUGCAAACGAUGAAAGUUCAAUGUUGCAAAACUGUGGUGAAGGUGGAGUUGAAAGCUUAAAGAUAGAGGACUUCCCACAAGAAACAUACAUCAUAGAUAAGGCCCUUGAAAAUGCAGUAGCAGCUGAUCAGACUCCUGCAAAUGAUGAAAGUCCAAUGUUGCAAAACAGUAGCGAAGAUGGAGGUGAAAGUUCAAACUUAGAUGACUGCCCAGAAGAGACCAACAUCAUAGACAAAGCCCUUGAAAAUGCAGUAGCAGCAGAUCAGACUCCUGCAAACAAUGAAAAUUCAAUUUUGCAAGAUAGCGGCGGAGGUGGAAUUAAAAGUGCUAUGCAAGCUGACAAAGUGGAGGAAAAUUCUUUAAAUAUGAUUUCUGUACUUGACAAGAUCUCUUAUGAAGAAAUUGCAUCUAUAACACCUAGCAAUCUUAGAAGGCAGCUUAGUGGUGAACCUGAUUGUCACAGUGCCGUGGAGCCUAGUUUGCCAGGAGGUAGUGGAGGCAGUGAUACUGAUGGGAAGCAACUCUCAAGUCCCUUUGGUGAAUUAGAAGCUGGAAGGGACAAUAAAAUUUUAGAAAGUAGUGAUGGACUUAAAUGUGUUAAUCAGAAUAGAAAUGAGCAUUUCAUUGAACAGGGAAACAAGUGUGAAGAGUCACCAUCUGAGAUUGAAAAUGCAGAAGAAGAUGUAAUGGUUGACUGUGUAGCACUGAUUACGAAGGAACAAGAAAAUGAGUGUGGACACAGUGAGUCCGCGACUGAGAAUGACUAUGAAGUAGAAGAUGAAGUGGUUGAUCAUGCUGUAGUGAUUCUGAAGGAACAGGAAAACGAGUGUGAAGAGUCCCCAUCUGAGAAUGAAAUUGCAGUAGAAGAUGAAGUGGUAGACAAUGCUGCAGUGAUUGUGAAGGAACAGGAACCCGAGCUUGAAGAGUCCCCAUCUCAGAAUGAAAAUGCAGUAGAUGAAGUGGUUGACUGUGCCACUGUGGUUCUGAAGGAAUCAGAUGUUCAACCAACAGAGCAAGAGGAAGCUGCUAGUUUGUGGAGCUCUUGUGACACCAUUUCCACUAAGGUUGAAUUGACAAUGCCUGAAAUUUGUUUUGACCUGCAGCAAUCUAGCCAUCUUAUAUCAGAAGAAAAGGAAGUAUUGGGUCCAGAAGCCGACUUGGAAGCCAAUGCCCAGUCUCCCAAUGUUGUGGAAGGGCUGACACUUUCUUCAAUUGCUUCAGCUGCAGCGUUUAACAAAACUAUGGAAGAAGGCAAAGCUGCUAAAACAGUUACACCAUUGUGGAACCGGGGGAUCGAUUGCAGUAGCAGUGAUGCUGAAAAUUCUCACCUGAAUCAGUCAUUAAAAAAGGAUGACAGUGAGGCUAGGACAAAUUCAUCUCCAACUAUGAACAUUUCUUCAUUGUACCUGCUAUCACAAGUUGAUGGUGGUGUCGGAGAUUUUUCUAGUUCAAUAAAAAAGGGAGAAGAGAGCUGCAACGAGACAUCAAGAAGCAUUAUUGGAUGUUUAGAAAACAGCAUCCAGGCGAACAACUUAGCUAAAGAAGACAAGGCUGUAAUGGUUGAACAGGUAGAUGAGAUGAAUAGUGGGUUAGAAGCUGUUAUGGAUGACUACAUGACCAACCCCAAUGAUAGCAAGGAACUGAAGUCUGAGAAGGCUGUUAGUGCUACAAAACAGGUUACUAUUGUUUCGUAUGAUGGAGAAGAAACUCCUGUUUCUAUCCAUGAGAGGAAGUGGUUUCAGGUAGCACAUGAAGGAAACUUAUGCUCAGAUGCUUUUGGCAGCAUCAGUAAUAAUGCAUCUAAAUGCAUACCAAUAUCUGACAAAACCAAGUGCUUAAAACAAAGUUCUGUGGAUGCUGCUGAAGGCAGAGACACUGGUGACGAGGAAAUCAAGAAUAGCAGUGUAAAUCCUUUGAGUGUAGAGGAUAGAGAAAGAGAAAUGUCCGAGACAUCAUGUACCAGAAAUGUUAUAUCAUGCUUUGAUGUUGGAAGUGUCUGCACUGAGGUGUCUGAGCAGUGUGAGCACAACCCAGAAGUUGAUACUAUUGCCGUUGUUGACGAGCAUGAAUUUCACUUGAAACAUGAUGAUAAAAUUGCUGUUUUGAAUAGUACCCCACAGAAGGAAAUUCUAUUCCGAUUGGAAAAGCUACGUGAUAAUUAUUUUUUUCCAUUAAGCGAUCUUGCUGGUCCUUCAGGUUCAAAGGCAGAAGAGACACCAAGCAGGGAUUUAACAUGCUUUACCAAUGAUAGGAACGUGGAUGUUGAUGAAUAUGACAAGUACUCGUCUGCUAAAAAAAAAGAAGGAGCAAGCUUCUCUAGUGAGCCUAAGCUACAACACUUGUUCUCUGGGCAUGAUUCAGACACUUUUACCAAGUAUACAUACAGCAAGGACCAGGAGUCUGGUUGUGCUGCUUGGAAUACAGAAGAUUUGCUUGCUUUGGGUGAAGUAGAAGAACCGGUAUCUGACCCAACCAAGGAUUUAGAGCUUAUUGCUGUUGGGGAUGCCGAAGACAAAGAUGAUGUUGAUGUUACUCUCCUUGGGGAGCACAAAGGUGCAGUAGAAAAUUCUGUAUCUGACCCAGCCAAAGAUUUAGAGCUUAUGGUUGCUAAGGAUGCUGAAAACACAGAUGGUGAUGUUAAUCUUCAUGGGGCCAAUGGCGAGCCUGCAGAGACGUCAAAUAAUGAAAUUGCAACAUUUAGUGGUGACUUGAAAAGUAUCAGCAAUGAAAUAUCUGAGAAUAGUCCGGUUAAAGAGAGGGCUGAUCUUGUGAGUGCGCUCCACGUAAGAGACAAUGAAUCAAGUGCUGAUUUGAAAAGUAAUUAUUUCAGUAGCCCGGCGAAGCCAAUUAAAAUUCAAACACCUGAAGUUUUGCUUGCCCAAAAUUCCAGCCAUUUUGCAACACAAGAGAAAACCAACCUCAAACUCAAUGUUGACAAGUUUACUGCUCAAACAUCCAAUUCCUUAGGUCCAGAAGUGGUGACUAUGGCUCAAGAAACAGGAUGUACUAAGGAUGCAGAAGGUUUGAGCAUAUGUGGAAAUGAAACUCCGGGAUCUACUAUUCACAAAAAGCUUGAUGAAGCUCUUGAACAAGAAUUUUGCCAACAAACUGUGUCUGUUGGUUCAAUCAAGAAGAAAUUUGACUGUUUUUCUCAAGAAGCAGGAGCUUUUGAGGGAGCAUCAGGAGAAUGUGAAAUCAUCAGUGAAAAGGAGAUUUUGAAAAGUAACAAUGAAACUGGUUUUGUUGAAGCUGUAGAAAGAGGCAUUGCCAUGCAAAACAGUUUGGACAUGUCAGAGACAGGCAAAAGUGAUGCUGUGGAAGAAAAGGUGGAGGUUUGCUCAAUGGUGGCUUUCAACCAAGUACACAAUGUUGGGAAUGAGGAGGAUGCUGGCAGUUGUAGUGGCUAUCUUGAAAUGUCUGAAAAAGUUGGUAGCACGAAGAGAAAGUCUGAGACUUUUUCACUGAGACAUACAGCUUCAGUGUUGGACAAUGAUGCAGGAAGCAUAACGGUAUCUUGCACUCCUCUGAACAAAGAGAGUACAUGUCAUUUUUCUGAUGCUUAUGCGGCAGCAAGCGAAACUGCAUUGGAUUCUUUGCAAUCUUCACAGAUCAAAUGCAACAACUCUCUUCAAAAUGCUUGUGUUAAUGAUAUCGAAGAAUUGCAUUCAGGUGAACUCAUGCUUUUUGAAGACGAUCAAGAUAAUACAGUAAAUUCAAGCGACAAAGCAGAGCCCGAUGCAGAGGAUUCAGAUGUCUUGUCGUCCAAAUUGGCAACACCUACUUACAUGUCAUCACUAGUUUCAACUACUGAGAUGCAUGAUGGGCUAGAAAGCACAGCUGGCAAAGAUCUGGUUGAGUAUGCUAGUACAACAGAAAGGGAGUUGCAAGGAAAUUGCUUGUUUGGACAAGAAAUUAUUAAUCAAGAGCAUGUGGAUAUGGAUCCCACACAUAAAGAGCCAAAAGAGGCAUGCAUGAAUGAGAUGGAUCAUGUAGUACUGGAAGUGUCAGGCAAUUCUGAAAGCUCGCCUUGUGGCAUCUAUGUGACAAAUUCUGAUCAAGAGCACAAUGUCCAUAGAGAAAAUAUUAGUCCAGCUUACAAUGAUGCUGCUCAAGAACUGGAUUCUGCAAAAUUUUCAGAAGUUAGAGAUGCUCUAGAUGAUAGAGGUUGCUCAGUGGAUAGAGAGGCUAACAUAAGUUCUCUUAUACCAACAUUGAUUAACACAACAAAUUUAGCAUCUCUGAUUGCUAGGCAUGAAGUCCUUGAAAGCACCAGCAACCAAAGGUUUGUCAAUAUUUAUAAUGUACAUGAGAUGGCACAGGAAGUUCUGAGCACUUUUACACUGCUCAAUCAAGAAAAUGAUGAGGGGUACGGCAGCGGGAAUUCUGAGCCAAAUUCAGAAGAAACUGAAGGUAUGAAAUCCAGAAAUGAAUCAUUUGUGUUCACCGAUACAGAAAUUGAUAUGUUCUGGGAUGAGAUAGAAAAAGAAGAGGCCAGCAAGCUGCAGACAGAAGUUUCGGAUGUCACAUUCUCUGUGAAAGAGUACGAGGCUGCAAAUGUAGAAAAUUAUCAGCCUGCUGUUGGAGCUGACAGUGAUCCUGGUGAACAGAAACUUCAGGAAGUUAACGAGAGAGAAGAAAGGGGUGACAGUGCUGAUCAAGUUGGUGAUGAGCAGAAUUGCAUAAAUGUCCAGGAAAACGAGAGUUCUAUGAUCAGGAGAAAGAACACCCGAAGCAUACUGAUACAUGGAACUCCCAAAAAGCCGCCCCCUUUCGUGCAUGAUAUGAAGGAGAAUGCAGCAGCUCCCAAAAGGCUUCAAAUGGUUGGUGCAACGGCUGUAAAACCUCGAAGGAAGGUCUUGGGAGACGUCAGCAAGUAGGUUCAGAUUUCCUGCAUGCUAUCAAGGUUUUUAGAGUGUGGCAUGUGGAGGAUGGUAACUUAGCAAGUUAACAUAUACACCUGUUUGGAUAGUACUUUUGCAUCUCUCAUGCAUAUAACUAGUCUGUAAAUUGAAGUUAUUUAGUUAGUCAUUUGACGAAGCAUUACUCGUGAAUGCAAUUUAUGCUUUGUAAUCGUUUGGAAUGGGAUGAAGAACAUACUGGUCAUAUCAUUUUACGUUAUAACUUGUUGCUGAAUAGUGGUUUCUGGGUUGUAAUUAUUGUUUGCAAAUUUGUAGAUAAACAAAUUUCAAAUUUGAACUUGUGACUUCAGUUAUUUUCUUAAUUAAAUGUGUGUGAUUUU